AUGGAGCUGAUGGGGUGGUGGCGUUUUCUUCGCUCCUGUGUGGUAGCGGAGCGAGGAAAAUGCAGGAUGAUCCUUUGGGAUGUCCUGGUGUUUGUGAGCGACCAGAUUGCCUUGUUGCUUGGAAGCCGGAUCGUGCGGAGUUACUAUCAUUUGUGGCUGGCCUUGUUGGUUGUUUUCGGGCCUUUGCUCCAGUUUUACAUCAGCCCCAGAGUCAUCUUCGCCAAUAAAAGGAACUACUUCAAUGUGCGGCUCGUGGAGUGCUGCUGGUCAUGGACGGUGCUGUUGGCAGGGGGUUACAUGCUACUGCUGAGCUCGGGGCCAUCGGGCAGCCCUCUCCCGGCCCUGAGGCCCCUCAGCCGCCUGGUGGUGGGGGCAGGCCUCCGUCUGCUGUGUGCCCGUGCCUUCUCCUGGAUCGAGGAGGUGACCGGAUCGUGCUUUGAGCCUGCAGCGCGGGGCCUGCUGCUGCUGGUGGAGGAGGAGGCAGGAGGUGAGGCCGGAGCCUGGGCCUGGGCCAGAGCCGGGAGCUGGGGCAUAACAGGCAGGCGGACUGCGUGCCUCCUGGAGCCGGGCCGCCUGUGGCGGGGCUAUGAGCUGUCUGGGGACACCUUCGUGCUCUGCUUUGCCUCGCUGGUGCUGGCCGAGGAACUGUCGGCCUUCCAGAGUUAUCUGAGCAGCGGGAAUGCGGCCUGUGGGCCUCUCCGCCUACUCUUCCUGCUGGCUGCCACCUUCCUGCUGCUCUGGAAUGGCUUACUGCUGCUCUCCGUUACCUUCUUCUACCGAUACUCACAGAAAUUGGCAGCUGCUGCCAUUGCCCAGCUCGCCUGGCACCUCACCUAUCGCCGCUGGUACCGGUGCUCCUGGUCUCCAGGCUGCCCGGGGCAAGGCAUCACCCGUGUGGGGCUUGGCCCGUACCCCAGGCCUGGGCGCUGCGUGUGCGGCGCGACCCGCAGAAUGAGCUUUACCUGGGACCCAUCUUCCGACACCCUCCUGUACCGGGAGUGA